GAGGAGGAGGAGGAGGAUGAAGGCUGAGUUGCAGCUGCAGCAGCAGGAGGUUCGGGUGCGGGUGGAGUUCGUUGUUUGUGCGCGCGCCGCCGGACCCACGCGCCUCUGCAGCGCCGCAGCUCCUCACAGCUGUCGGUUCGUGACUAAACGGGACUCGGAUCGUCCUGGAUCAGGGAGGGGGGUUGGGGAGCCCCACCGCGGCACCCCGCCCGUCUCGCCUCAUUUGCACUGCGGGGACUGCGACCCGAACCGAGCCUCUGGUCCGGACGGCUCCUCCGACCCGCAGCUCUGCGUCAAAGGUAAGAAUGGAGAUCUCCAGGUUCUGAUGGUGUGUGGAAAAUAAAACUAGGACUUCCCGUGGACAUCAUUAACCCAAUGGAACCCAACCAGGGACUCCUGUCAGGACUUGAGUUUGUUCUUCAGAUCAAAUCAAAACUAAAUCAGGAAAAUGGGUUUCUGUUUUAAGAUCCGGUCCAUUUUUUGAAGCUCAUCUUCUGGUUUUUGUCUUCGAACACCUGACUCAACAACAUGCGUCCUUCCCUCGCCACGGCGGUGCUCCCACCCAGGACCCGCUCCCACAAUCCACCCAACCUGGCUGUGGGAGGCCGGGAACACCUGUCAGCUCCACGGAGACGCAGUCCUAACUUGCGGCACACCCUCAGCCCGGAGAACCUGCGCACUCUGACGGAGAGGAGCGGCACGCCCGUGGACACCGCGUCCGUUGUCAGCGGUCCUAUCGGACUGACGCGGGCCAACAGRGACACGGACCUGGUGACCUCCCAGAGCCGGUCUUCGCUCACAGCGUCCACUCUGGAGUUCACGKUGAACCGGGGCCAGACCUUGGUCAUAUCCUGGGACAUAAAGGAGGAGGUGGAUGCCACGGACUGGAURGGACUCUACCAUAUUGAUGAAACCAGCCCAUCCAACGUGUGGGACUGUAAGAACCGAGGGGUUAAUGGAACCCAGAAGGGUCAGAUCGUCUGGAGGCUGGAGCCAGGGCCGUAUUUUAUGGAGCCUGAGACUAAGAUUUGUUUUAAAUAUUACCACGGAGUGAGCGGAGCGCUYAGAGCAGCGACCCCCUGCAUCACUGUGAAGAAUCCAGCAGUCCUGGUGGAGGGUCUGGCAGAGCAGGUGGGUGUUGAGCAUCCUCGGAAACUGAUCAGCUUUACUUUAACGGAUCUUCGAGCCACCGGCCUAAAAAAGGGCAUGUUCUUUAACCCCGACCCUUAUCUGAAAAUGUCCAUCCACCCAGGGAAGAGAAACAUCUUCCCUGUCUUCAGCCACCACGGACAGGAGCGCCGGUCGGCCAUCAUCGCCAACACCAUCAACCCUGUGUGGCACGGAGAGAAAUACACAUUUGUGGCGCUAAUGACGGACAUCCUCUACAUCGAGGUGAAGGACAAGUUCGCAAAGAGCCGACCAAUCAUCAAACGCUUCCUCGGUCAGCUCGCCAUCCCCGUGCAGCGGCUUAUCGAAAAAAUACCAGGAGUGCAGCCUGUGAGUUUCUCCUUGUCUCGACGCUUGCCAACCGAACAUGUGAGCGGUCACCUGCAGUUUAAAGUCGAGCUAACCUCGACCGGACCCGACGGUGCCUCUCCUGACUCCAUCAUUGGUAUUUCAUCCUUGAAUGGAGCUCCAGGAACGCCAUCCGACGACGAGGACUUGCCUCAUCCCCUUCCAGGCGUGGUKUCCGCAGGUGCUUCUCCAACCGGCUCCCAGGGCUCUCAGGGCAUGUGGGAAGGCGGAGCCACAGCUUUGCCAGAAAAAGACCUGCCUGUCGUUAGYGCGGGGGCCAGGUUUGUUCAGCCUGUGAUGUUCUCUGAUCAGACGAUGCUUCAGAGGUCCCUCAGUGAGGGGCUGGACGCUAURGAAGCUCCCAAAGGUCCGGGUGAGAGACCUCUGGGUGCUGCCUCGCCUAAACUGUGCUCCAGCUUCCCGACGCACACGAGGCUGAGCGACAUGCUGCACAUCGACUCCGACGAGGACGAGGAGAGGUCUGGGAUGAACGACGUUCCUCCCAUACCUUUGUCCCCACUGCUGCUGAACGGAGAAUCUCUGGACGUCUGUGGUCCCGAUGAAGACGACCUGAUUCCUGAUCAGCCAGAGUGCUCGGUGCAAGAGGAGGAGACAGAGAUGGAUGAAGUUCCACCAGAGGCAGAGGUGGACCCAGAUCUAGAACCUGAUCUUGACUUGGAGGAUGUCCUGGAGCAGGAUGUGUUCCUCGAGGCGGAGGAGGAGGUUCCAGUCACUGAGGUCGCUACACAUCUUGCUUUGGGUGCAGCAGCAGCUGAACAGGGAAGAGCGGCUGGAGAGGAGGUCUCAUCAGACAUUAACACCUGCUCCAUGGUAACGGCACCUCAGACUGUGUUUUCAUCAUCCGAGAGCUGCCCCAUCACCCUGACCUCUGCUACGGAAGCAAAGGAAGGAGCAAUGACUGCCAUAGAUCCAGGGGGGGAUGGAGACUCGGGCCCCCCUCCGAACGCUCAGACUAUAGAUGAAGACGAUGAUGACAGAGGUGGUGGCGUACGAGCAGAAGCCACCGAGGCUGAAGGAGAAGCUCCAGCUCCCAGCGAGCAUGAGGAGAUGGAGGAGCUCAUCGUAAGGAGGCUGAGCCUGCAGGCGACAGGGGGAGGGGCUGAGGAACCAGAAGGGGAGGAGACAAAAACUCCAGAGGAGGCGGGGCCUAUCAAUACAGAACAGGAAACGGACAGAGAUGAAGGAGCUCACGUUAACGGCCAUCCUGUACGUUCUCUUCCUUCGGUGCGUCAUGACAUCCAUCGGUACCAGCGUGUGGACGAACCGCUGCCUCCCAACUGGGAGGCCCGCAUCGACAGCCACGGCAGGAUCUUCUUUGUGGACCACGUGAACAGGACCACCACAUGGCAGCGUCCCACUGGGCCCCCCGCCCCCCAGGGCCUGACCCGCUCCAACUCCAUUCAGCAGAUGGAGCAGCUCAACCGCAGGUACCAGAGCAUCAGGAGGACCAUCACGAACAGCGACCGCUCUGAGGAGAGCUCCACGGACCUCCGGUCAGAACCGGAGGGUGACCUGACGCCUCACUCUGUCUCAGAGUACCGCAGGGACAGCUCUGGCGCUCACUCCGGCGGUCGCUCCAGGCUCUCCCUGCUGCUCCAGUCGCCCAGCGCCAAGUUCCUGUGCAGCCCGGACUUCUUCACCAUGCUGCAUUCAAACCCCAGUGCCUACCGCAUGUUUACGAGCAACACCUGCCUGAAGCACAUGAUCAGCAAGGUGCGUCGAGACGCCUACUACUUCGAGCGCUACCAGCACAACCGCGACCUGGUCACCUUCCUCAACAUGUUCUCCAACAAGCAGCUGGAGCUGCCCCGGGGCUGGGAGAUGAAGCACGACCACACCGGGAAGCCCUUCUUCGUGGAUCACAACUGUCGAUCCACCACCUUCAUCGACCCGCGGCUGCCCCUGCAGAGCUCCCGCUCCACCGGGCUGCUGGCCCAUCGCCAACACCUGAGCCGCCAGCGCAGCCACAGCGCCGGAGAGGUGGUGGACGACUCGCGUCAAACCAACCCGCCCUUGACGCCCCGCCCCUCCAGCACCUUCAGCGGCUCCAGUCGAAGCCCGUACCACGACGUGGUUCCUGUCGCCUACAACGACAAGAUCGUGGCCUUUCUACGGCAGCCCAACAUCUUUGAGAUCCUGCAGGAGAGGCAGCCGGAGCUCGCCAGGAACCACUCACUCAAGGAGAAGGUUCAAUUUAUUCGCAGCGAGGGAGUCAACGGGCUGGCUCYCCUCUCCAGUGACGCUGACCUCGUCAUGCUGCUCAGCCUUUUUGAGGAGGAAGUGAUGUCGUACGUGCCGUCGUUGCUCCACCCAGGUUACUGCCUCUCUUCUCCUCAGAGCUCCCCUGGGACUCAGAGAGCCAAUGCCAGAGCUCCUGCUCCCUAUAAACGGGACUUUGAAGCUAAAUUGAGGAACUUCUAUCGAAAGCUGGAGACAAAGGGUUAUGGACAGGGGCCGGGGAAAGUCAAGCUCAUCAUACGCAGAGACCAUCUGCUGGAGGACGCCUUCAACCAGAUCAUGUGUUAUUCUCGUAAAGACCUGCAGAGGAGUAAACUCUACGUCAGCUUUGUGGGCGAAGACGGGCUGGACUACAGCGGACCCUCCAGAGAGUUUUUCUUCUUGGUGUCCAGAGAACUUUUCAAUCCGUACUACGGUCUGUUUGAGUACUCCGCUAACGACACGUACACGGUGCAGAUCAGCCCCAUGUCGGCCUUCGUGGACAACCACCAUGAAUGGUUCCGCUUCAGUGGGCGGAUCCUGGGCCUGGCCCUCGUCCAUCAGUACCUGCUGGACGCGUUCUUUACCCGUCCAUUCUACAAAGGUCUUCUUCGAAUCCCAUGUGACCUGAGUGACCUGGAGUUCCUGGACGAGGAGUUCCACCAGAGCCUGCAGUGGAUGAAGGACAACGACAUCGAGGACAUGCUGGACCUGACCUUCACCGUCAACGAGGAGGUCUUUGGACAGAUCACAGAGAGAGAACUGAAGCCAGGCGGCGCCGGCAUCCCCGUGUCUGAGAAGAACAAGAAGGAGUACAUCGAGCGCAUGGUGAAGUGGAGAAUAGAGCGAGGAGUGGCCCAGCAGACCGAGAGUCUGGUCCGAGGAUUCUAUGAGGUGGUGGACGUUCGGCUGGUCUCUGUAUUCGAUGCUCGGGAGUUGGAACUGGUCAUUGCCGGCACAGCAGAGAUCGACCUGGCAGACUGGAGGAACAACACGGAGUACAGAGGAGGUUACCAUGACAACCACAUAGUGAUCCGCUGGUUCUGGGCGGCGGUGGAGCGGUUCAACAACGAGCAGAGGCUGCGGCUGCUGCAGUUUGUGACGGGCACGUCCAGCAUUCCCUACGAGGGCUUCGCCUCGUUACGAGGCAGUAACGGACCCCGCAGGUUCUGUGUGGAGAAGUGGGGGAAAAUCACCUCGCUACCCAGAGCUCACACCUGCUUCAACCGCCUGGACCUCCCGCCCUACCCGUCCUUCUCCAUGCUCUACGAGAAGUUGGUCACCGCCGUGGAGGAGACCAGCACUUUUGGCUUGGAGUAACUCCAAGAAUCAAACAUCUGGAUCCCCAAAGUUUCUCAUUUAAGAGAAGAAGCUGGAAUCUUCAAAAGGCAACUGACCCCUUGUGGAUAACUCUGCUGUUUUUGUUUUUUAGCUUUUCCAUCACUCAGCGUUCAGAUCUCACUCCUUGACUUCACUUUGAUCGAGACUUAGAUGGAGAAUCAGGAGAACUUAUCAAAGGCUGUUUGGUUUGUUAGUCUGAGCCACAUGUGUGCUUUAUCUCAGAGACAGCUGCUGAAAAUCUCCUUUUUGUCCCUCUCCCAGGACCUUAAAACUGUGUCCCACAUUGAAAAACUACAACGCGUGUCUUUUUGCACAAAUAUAUUUUCUUUAUGUUCACAUCCUGAACCACCGUCUCCCCUUAAAAUUUUGUACCAACGUGGAACGACGGGGCUUUGACUUAAAGAUGGACCACUACUCUCAGCUGUGUCACCUGUUAACGAGGUACCUGUGGGUGGACCUUUCCACACUUCUUUUACUCCCUCGAAUGAAAAACACCACUUCUGAUCCAGAGAAAGAGAUGAAUGUAACAAACCUGAAUGUACAGCCUUCAGAAACAUGGGUUUUACUUUUACGUCUGAGAGAAGAGUUCCAAGUCAGUAACAAUCCUGGUAAAAAAGGAAAAAGUGCCCCUUCCAGUUUUUACAUUUUAAUAUUAGGACAUAAAUAAUAAACACAAGACGUGAUAUGGUGAUGGUACGCAAAAUGCAUAUUGGUGAAAAAAACAAAACAAAACUGGUUCCAGCCCUUGAUCCAACAGCUCGUCUGUUUCCUAGGGUUAGCUUGAAUGUUCGCUAAUGUUAGCUUGUAGCUUUGCUAGGAUUAGCUUGUAGAUUUGCAAGUGUUAGCUUGAAAGUUUGCAAGGGUUAGCUUGAAGGUUUGCAAGGGUUAGCUUGUAGAUUUGCAAGGGUUAGCUUGAAGGUUUGCUAUCGUUAGCUUGUAGGUUUGCUAGGGUUAGCUUGAAGGUUUGCUAAGUUGGCUUGUAGAUUUGCAAGGGUUAGCUUGAAGGUUUGCAAGAGUUAGCUUGAAGGUUUGCAAGGGUUAGCUUGAAGGUUUGCAAGGGUUAGCUUGAAGGUUUGCAAGGGUUAGCUUGAAGGAUUGCUAGGGUUAGCUUGUAGAUUUGCAAGGGUUAGUUUGUAGGUUUGCAAGGGUUAGCUUGUAGAUUUGCAAUGGUUAGCUAACGUUUCCAGAGCUUAUACUGACGGUUUGCAAGGGCAAGGGUUAGCUUGUAGGUUUGCUAGGAUUAACUUGAUUUGCUAAGGUUAGCCUGUAGAUUUGCAAGGGUUAGCUUGAAGGUUUGUUUUAGUUAGCUUGUAGAUUUGCUAGGGGUUAACUUGAAGGUUUGCUAGAGUUAGCUUGUAGGUUUGCCAAGGGUUAACUUGCAUGUUUGCUAGGGGUUAGCUUGAAGGAUUGCAAGGCUUAGCUUGAAAGUUUGCUAGGGUUAGCUCGUAGAUUUGCCAGGGGUUAACUUGAAGGUUUGCAAGAGUUAGCUUAUAGGUUUGCUACGGGUUAACUUGCAUGUUUGCUAGGGGUUAGCUUGAAGGUUUGCUAGAGUUAUCUUGUAUGUUUGCAAGAGUUAGCUUGUAGGUUUGCUAUGGGUUAACUUGCAUGUUUGCUAGGGGUUAGCUUGAAGGUUUUUAGCUUGAAGGUUUGCAAGGCUUAGCUUGAAGGUUUGCUAGGGGUUAGCUUGAAUGCUUGCCAGGGUUACCUUGUGGGUUUGCUAGAGUUUAGCUUGUAUAUAUUGUAGGUUCAGCUAUAAGGUUAGCUAGAUUUUGCUUGUAGACAUGCUAACAUUAGCUUACUGGCUUGCCAGGAUUACCUUGUAGGUCUGCUAGGGUUAGCUGGUAGGUUUGCUGAUCUUAGCAUUUAGACGGGUUACAGUUAGGAUGACAGAUGGCACACAGGUGUUUCUCUGAUCAUCAGUGCUGUUGUGUUUCCAUCUUGGCGUUGUGUUAACACACACCAGUCCUUACAUCAGCAGCGAGGCUGGAACCAGUUUGUCCCUCGCAGCUUUAACACGUAAUUUUUACUAAACGACAUGAAUCUGUUGUGUUUUUGUUCAGUUGAGGUAAACCGUUUUAAAACCUGGUGAAGUUUUAUGUCCUGAUGUGUAAAAUCUUUAAACUGGAAGAAGGGUUUUAUUUUUUAUUGUUACAACUGUGGAGAUAAAAACCAACACAAGGGGGCGUUACAUGCUCUGUUAUUUGAAGCUUAAGUGACAUCCGUCCUGUUUCUGUUACAAAAGCACGAGAUAAAUCAUUCUGUCCUCUUCCCCCUGAACCCCCUGAAUGCACGUUUACACCUCCUGUGUACAGACACCUGUUGGACCUGAGAGGCUGGAGUAAAGUUUAAGAUGUGCCCCACCCCCUAACACCUCCCGGUCUAAUACUGCAUGCAGGACCUGCCCGGUCAGCAGCUCCGUGAGCCGCACCUGCCAGGUUCUUCUAGGUGGUGUGUUGUGUCAUAGCUCGAUAUUGCAUGUUGAAGUAGCGCAGCACACCGUCCUGACUAGCUUUGUGCAUGAGGAUACAGCCGUUCAUUCAGACGCCUGGCUGGAGGAGGUGGCACGCACGCGUCACGUCGAUUGUGGCGCUCACUGGAAGCCUUACGCUCACCUGACACUGUCGUACCUGUGUGCUCAUCCAAGUGCUUUAAGACUGGUGGCGGUGGGACGGAGAGCUUCACGGCAGCAUGUUUCUGAAAUGUUUCACUUAGUAUAAAGUUGACGGUUCUUCGCUCGCCGACGAAUCAAUGAGGCUGAACUCAACGGAGCACAUGUGUCGUGUUUCUGAUUGUCUCUUUGUAUAUAAAUGUGCGUCUGUCUUGUGUGUACAAAUAUAUAUAUUUUGCACCGAAUGUACCAAAGGUUUGGGGCUUGCAGAGUCAACCAUCUGUCUGAUUCAGUCCAACAAACACAUCCCACGUCUCAGAUUCUUACACGACGUUUGCUCCGGAUGAAAACAGCUGCACCUCCCGUCCCGUUCAGAACACCUCCGACCCGACUCCACUCUAUGCAAAGCUCCCGUGUCUCCAUUUCACUUCGACGAUUGUAAUAAAAGAGAACAAGUGGAAAGCUUUCAUACAUA